GAACAGCAGGUCAAUUACUAGGUCAAGUCGUUCCGGUUUGCCAAUGGAUCCCGCAAAAUACACCUAAUCCAACUUCAACAAUACCUGCUUACCCACGGAGAACAAUUCUCCUAUGGCGCGCGAGUGCGGUACCUCUCAGAGUCGAAGAUGAGGCAAAAACUCGUUUACGAGAUAAUGUUUUAAAUCCUGUUGAAGAGUUAUUAGUACCGCAAGGAGCAUUUGUUGCAACACCUGCCGGAUUUUUAGGUGCUUCUGACUAUGUUUUAUGCACCAAUAGUUACACAGUGGCCAAAAUGCCAGUGGAAAUGAAAACGCGCCACAAUCUUGAUUUACGCGGUUAUAAUUUCUGGCAAAUUUAUCGAUAUAACGACCGGCGUGGAAUAAUGAAACCAAGAUUUAGAGACCGAAGAUUCGAUCCAAAUUUUAGAUUCAAGAAACUUAUCCUAUCACAGAUACUUGGUGAAAUGGCCUGUAAUGGCCUCCAUUAUGGCAUUUUAUCAAAUUAUAGCGAUACAUAUUUUCUCAAGCGAGAAGAAACAAAUCCAACCACCCUUUAUAUUUCCCGUGUUGUUCAACCCACUGAUACUAAUCCGACUUUACGCGAAUGCGUUUACUAUAUCAGCAAACUUGCCAUUGAUGAUAUUGUUGGUAAUAGAUUGGGACGUGUAGAGCUUGACAGUCGUGAUAUUCUACGUUUGUUCUACAAUGGUUACAUUUAUGACGGAUAUCUUUUUGCGUUAGCAUUACAAUUAAUUGAGGGCGCUCAUCAUGUUGAUUCGGAAAAACUCACUAAAGAGGAAAAAAAGUUAAUAGUCAAUCAGCUAAAGUCAAUACAUAAUUUUGGCGUCCUACACAAUGAUAUCUCAGAGAAAAAUAUUCUAUGUGAACCAAAGAGUCGCCAUUACUUUUUUAUUGAUUUUGGCUUGAGUGAGGUCGUGGGUA